AUGGCAACAGAAGAGGGUGGCACAGCGCCGCCGCCGAGCCCUCGAGAGGAAGCAAAGGCUACCAAAGGCCCUACCAAAGGGAGCGGAGGUGCUCUUAGGCUGCAGCAGAUCUUUGAGAAGUACGGCGGCAAUGGUCCCGCAGUCCCACCAAAGUUAGCUGCAUUUUUGGGACCUAGAUCCCACGGUGAUCGUUGCAGGUCGAAGCAAAGUCGGCUCCAUGUGGAGGGUCCGCAGAGCGAAAACACAGGCUCGGCCCUAAAGCCAGAGAUUCUGGAAGCACUAACCUGCGAGGUGCCUGGUGCAGUGCUGACACCCUACGGUGUUGGCGUUCGAGAAUCGCAGGAGGAUGAGCAGGGCUUCGUUCACGUGAAAUUUGCGUGGGGCACUGCUCUGGUAGCAGCCAAAGACACCAAUGACAGCCGCAGUGCUGUGCUAAGGUGGCAGCUGGACUCACUUGGCUCGCUCUUUGCUUUGCUGGUAUCUGAUCUAGGCCAUCGAUCAGAUAGUGACAGCGACAGCGACGAAGAGAUGGAAAGUGGAGGCAAUCUGGAGGAAAGACCCCAAGGCUUGGCCUCUGUCAAAGCCUUGUUGGCAUGGUUGGAGCAGGCAGCCAUGGAACCAAAGGCGUCGCAGCAACAGGCAUUGCUGGACUUGGCCCUGUUGCUUUCUGGCCUGGUGAGCGGCCGUGCAGAGUUGCUGAGGCUGGAAGAUCGGUGA